ACACCCGAUAAGAUUAUAAAUAUAUAGAUAUAUAUAUAUAUAUUCCAAUGGUUAUUGGUGGCUGCAGUGGGAGGGGUUGAAAGUACCAAUAGGUUUAUAGUUGACGCCCAUAAGUUGACGCCCAAGUAAAAACACUGAAAACAUUUGCCAACGGGGGGAAAGUAAAACAACAAUGGCUUGCAGAUGCAGCCCCUUGUUCUUUGUGUUUCUGCGCAAAAACUUUCUAUAUUUGCGAUUCAAUUUGGUGCCUUUAUUGUGCAUCUUCAUAGGAUCAGCGGCAGUGCUCUGUGGAUACCUGCACUGGUCAGUAAAGCCCGUGAAACACAAUUUGGCAAUUUGGUUCGAGGCAAAAGACUAUGCUACUCUUAAACAACUGUACUUCCCGGGAAACGAUUUUGACUUUGUAUAUUUUGCACCCAGCAGUAAUAAUGUUGACGAUAUUAUGGACAUGGUGCGGCAGGAGCUGGAAAUUCCCGCAGAGCGUUUUCGCAUCUACAACAGCAGCUACGAUAUGCAGUUGGACAUGGAGCAGAACUGCUUGGGCAACUGCUUUGCCAUCAACUUUAAUCAACUGCCCAACCGUGGCUCUGGUGGCAUAUUCAAAUAUAGUCUGAGCUCCAAUGAAAUGCGCAUUUCGCCCAAGAAACGAUACGUAAACGACGAAGAGAUCAAUCAUCAAAAGGAUGAUGACGACUACAUACGGUCAGGUUUUCUGACGCUGCAGCACAUACUGGAUCGCCAGUAUAUGAAGUAUCAGGAGCUGGACCCCAAUUAUGAGCUCCUGCUUAGUUCCAUGCCCAACCUGGAGGUUAGCACCAUGGAUAGCCAUCGUCUGACAUACUUUGGCUCACUGUGUGCCAUUCUCUUCAAUGUCGUUCUGCUGAGCACCUUUGUUGUCGCCUUUGUGGAGGAGAAACAGAACGGGCUCAAGGAAUUUCUGAAUCUGGUCACUCCAAUGAGUUUCCUGAACGGCCUUACCUUCUUUCUCAUUCGCUUUGUCUGCUAUGCAGCGCUGUUGCUAUUUGUUCUCACCGCCGCCUACUUCUACAAAGCCCUGGGCCUGAUUGGCUUCGUUUACAUCGCUGUCCUGUAUCUUCUCUAUAUAUUGGCCACCAUGUCAUAUGCGUACUUAAUCUCUGUUUGCUUUCACUCAGUUUUCUAUGCGAAAAUUGGCGGCCUGGUGAUGCUAAUCAUUCCCUUUGUGUUCAGUUUUGUUCGCAGUUGGGUUACCUCUUUGGCCUUUUUCCUGUUCAGCACCAAUGCCUUCCUCGAGGGCUUGGAUGUGUUCCAGACAUUCUCCAACAAACACCGCCACUUUGGGGGAGCGGACCUCUUCAGGGAGAUCAAAGACGGCUCCACUCGCAUGUUCUGGAUCUACUCUACACUCAUUGCUCAAUCCCUACUCUACGCUUUGCUCUACAACUACAUGGCGUGUGUUUUUCCCGGUCCUGGUGGACUCAAGCGACCUUUUCUGUUCUUCCUGGAUCCCAAUACGUACAAGAAGCGACAACGCAACGAGUACACAACUGCACCGCGCGGCACACAUGCCAUCAUCAUCUCGGAACUGUGCAAGAAGUUCCAGACAAGUCAACGUGAAACGCUUAUUUCGGACAAUCUAAAUAUGACGAUCAACAACAAGGAGAUUACGGUUCUACUCGGCCACAAUGGAGCAGGCAAGACGACGAUGAUGAACAUGAUUAUGGGUCUGAUUCCGAAGGAUUCCGGCAAGAUUGUUGUAUGCAGCGAGCGCGAUGUGGCCUCGUAUCGCCAUCUGAUUGGCUUCUGUCCGCAGCACAGUGUUUUCAUGAGCUACAUGACGUGCUAUCAGCAUUUGGAGUUCUUUGCCCAGCUGCGCGGUUCACGCCGUUCGGAAGCGCGUCUUUGGGCCGAUAACAAGCUUAAGAAACUGGGCCUCAAAGACAAGCGCGACGAGUACGGGCAGAACUUGUCGGGUGGAAUGAAGCGGCGUUUGUCGCUGGGCAUUGCCAUUGCCGGGAACACAAAAAUUGUGAUACUGGACGAACCCUCUUCUGGACUGGACAUCGAGUCACGUCGUGAGCUGUGGGACAUUCUGUUGAAUCUGCGCAAGGAGAAGGCCAUUCUGGUGACCACCCACUACAUGGAGGAGGCCGAGGUGCUGGGAGACACCAUCUGCAUCUUGGCCAAUGGAAAGCUGCAGAGCACGGGCUCCCCCCUAGAACUGAAGCGUAGAUCGGGCAUCGGUUAUCGCCUAAAGCUGGAAGUCCCCGAUUUCACAUUCCGCGAACAUGAAAUAAUGCAAAUUAUACAAGAUUACGUGCCAACUGCCCGCGUGCUGAAUGUGGUGAAACCCACAGUCGAUAUCUGCCUGCCUUAUGCGCACAAGGCGCGCUUCUCGGAAAUGCUGCUCAAGCUGGAGUCGAAGACAAGUGAGCUGGAAAUAAAUACCAUUUCCAUGACGGAUACUACACUGGAAGAUGUUUUUCUAAGAUGUGCAGGCGAGCAGGAUCAGGUCGAUACUCCAGACGGCCCACGCAACGAUGCGCCUCUACUGACCGCGCCCUACAAGCGGCUGCCCAGCCAGCAUACGCCGCCCAGCAUGUUUCAGCUUUGGCUGGCGAUCUUCUACAAGAAGUGGAAAUUCCUCACCAACAAGUGGCAAUAUGCUGUCAUAAUGCUGACCAUUCCCUUUGUGUGCGUCUUUGGUGCCAUUCUUGUGAUGCAUGCCAUGUCUGUGGUUAAGAAUGAGGCGGCGCUGCCGCUCAAGCUCAGUCAGAUGGGUUCUGGUGUCGUUUAUAUAUACAAUCCGACGGGCCAUCAUCCUCAGGUUGAGCAGCAGCUGCGGCAGCAAAUCGAACUAAGUGGACUCACAGCCAAAACGCUGCAGCUACGCGGAAGCAGUGUGAAAAAUGAGCUUCUCGAAUUGCAACGGGACAACUUGGCGGACUUCCUCGAACAAGUGGUGGGCGCCAUUGACAUGUAUGGCGGUGGCAGUGGCACUGGAGGAACUCCACAGAUAGAAAUCUUUUACGCGGGCAACCGCUGCCACAGCUCAGUGGAGUUGAUCAACUUUCUGGACUCCAGCAUGCUGAAGUUGGUCAGCCCAGAGUCGGACAUUGAGGCCACAUAUGUACCAAUUCGACGCUUCAUCAGUGACAUCAGUCCAACGCGAUUGGAGUACUAUGCGGUGAUCGUGUCUGUGGGCUUGUUCUUCAGCAUGUUCUACUUCAUUUCGUUGCCCUUCCGAGAGCACGACAAUGGCUUCCGCCAGCUGCAGACCAUGUCGCGCUACACCUUCUGGCUGUCCACAUUUGCGUUUGACGUUCUGCUGCUGGCGCUCCUCUGUGUGGCGCUGUUUGUGCUCCAGAACUGGCUGAUGCCGUCGGAGCUCUACUCUGCCUCCGAGUUGAGAAUCAUCGUUAUGAGCAUAUUCUUCUACGGCUGUAGCUACCUUCCCAUUCUGUACUCGCUGGCCAACAACUUCAAGUCCAUAUCGACGAUAUCCACCUACCUGCUGCUCAUGCUGAUUGUGUCCGCGAUUGCUCCUCUGAUCACCUCCAGCAAUGCGCAGUCCAUGAAACUGCACGCGACUAAGAUAGCUUUUCUCUGCUUCCUGCCCGACUUCAAUCUGAACCACCAGCUGCGCAUCAUCAAUGAGAAUUUCAUUGCCAACCGAAGCUCUGUACCCGAUCCCCAUCUGCUGUCAACGGAUACUUUCUUUGUGUAUGCCGUGGCCGUCUGCGUGCUGGUCUUUUCGUUCUUCACGAUCGUUUUGGAGCACAAGUACCUGCGCCAAAGAAUUGGCGAUGCCAUUUGGAUGAACAGGUGCCUGGUCACACUGAAGAAGAGCAGCUCAACGGGCACGAGUCCUAGCACCCAACUAACGGUGGUUGACGACUGCGCCAAGGAGGAGCGGCGAGUGGAGGAGCUCAUGGCACAUCCGUCGAAGGAGUUUCCCCUGAUCGUGAGCAAAGUGCGUAAGCGGUACAACAAGAAAGUGGUCGUUGAUGGAAUCAGCUUUGCCGCAUCUCGGGGCGAGUGCGUUGGCCUCUUGGGCGUGAAUGGUGCCGGCAAGACGAGCACAUUCCAAAUGAUUGCCGCCAACCUUGCUCUGGAUGGCGGUAGCAUACGAAUCGAUGGCAUCGAUAUUCGAAAAGACGAAGUGGGCUAUCGCCAUCGCUUUGGCUACUGCCCCCAGUACGAUGCACUGAAUAAGUUCAUGACUGCCGAACAAUGCCUGCACUACAUGGCCCUGCUGCGGGGUCUGAGCAGCACCAGCGAAGGACCGAGUAGUGUGAAGGAAAACGUGAAAUACUGGCUCGAAAAGAUGCACCUGACUAAGUACCAGCAGGUCCAGGUGCGGCAUUAUUCGGGUGGAACAAAACGCAAACUGCUGGCUGCCAUGGCCAUGAUCGGGUCCCCGACACUGGUGCUCCUGGACGAGCCAACGACUGGGGUGGAUCCCAUUUCCAGACGCUUUCUGUGGCAGUGCAUCAAGGAGUUUCAGGGCCAGGACCGCACAGUGGUGCUCACUUCACACAGCAUGGACGAGUGCGAAGAGCUGUGCAAUCGUCUGGCAAUUAUGGCCAAUGGGAAAUUCAAAUGCCUGAACAACAUCUGUGCCUUGAAGAGACUGAGCGGCUUUACUAUAAAACUUAAAAUGAGACAAGAUACGGAAACGGAGGAGAACGUGGACACAAUCACAAACACACUGAAGGCGCAGUUCGAGGGUCUGGAGUUGCGGGAGAAUCAUGCCGGUACCCUAACCUACUUUGUUAGCACCCAGGAGAACUUGGUCUAUUGGUCGAAGGUGUUUAGGAUAACCGAGGACCAUCUGACCGAUCGAUUGGGCCACCUCGUUGCGGACUACUCGCUGAAUGAGUGCACACUGGAGGAUAUUUUUCUCAAAUUCGACAAACAAUCAAAGACCCCACCCUCAUCACAAACAUCGUCGAACAGCUCACCCAUUCUACACAAUCCGGACGCGUCCCACUUUGUGUGAUUCGGCACCAAAGCCAGACACUGACACAGAGCACAAGACUGCCGUCAGAGUAAGCUUCACUUACUUUUUCCUGACAUCAGGAUUAAUUUGUUUAGCCCACGGCUCGGCACGGCCCUUUUCUCUUUUCUCUGACAUCAUUCCGGUACUUAGUGAUACAUUCGAUCUGGAUCUAAGACUGUGCGUUUCACCGAGUACCGGGUAAAAAUACCCCACCUCUUGCUGCUCUGUCGCAAAUUGGUUUUCAACCUUCAUACGUUAUCGACGUACACCUGUAGAUAUUUCGCAUAUAAAUCUCACGAUUUUUCAUGAUUUUUAUUAUCAUAAUGUGUCUUGAGCGGCUCUAUUGAAUCUCAUCAAAAGAGGCUAAUCCUUUAGGCGGCAGUAACUUGUGCUCAGCGUCUGUCGUAUCUGUCGGAUUUUUCUACUUAACUUGUGUAUAAUCAUAAUUUGAAGACUUACACACACACCUAUAUCAAAGAUAUCAACUUUAACCGACUAAAAUAAAGCACUCUCUACACA